AUGGAGUCCCCAGUACCAGAAUCUAUUCGCGUAGAAUCGCUCAAACAAGGCUUCUACCAAUGCUCACAUUGCCAACGGACUUUUAACCGCGCUGACCAUUUGCAGCGACACGUCCGCUCCCGUAAUCUUCCAGGGCCAGUUCCAUCGUCAUUGUCGAUCGUCCUUAUCAAUGCGAGGUUUGUCACAAAGGAUUUUGUCGGCAGUAAGUGCAUGUUCCUAGACUCCCUCUGUGUUCCCAUAGUUAGGGGAGGAUUCUCUACCCUUGUUCUAACUACAGCAUAUAGAGACCUUCUUAAAAGACACGCCGCAUGCCACAAACCCGAUGAGCAGGGAGUAAAGCGACGCCGCCAGCUGAAUUCAAGCCCUCGAGUGGCACAGGCGUGCAGAGCCUGCGCAGCAGCGAAACUGAAAUGUGACAAGGACAAAGUCUGCAAUCGCUGCCUACGAAAAGGCAUUGCUUGCGAACGAGAGCCUCGGAACGGGAGUUCAAUCGCCGCCAAGAGCCCGGUUGCAGACCCAGGGUUUGGAAGACUCUUCUUCUUCGGCUUUUAA